CUCACAGCCAGGCAGGGACAGUUUCUUUACGCGCAGUGUGGAGCUAAGGAGGACGGACUCUCAGUCUUUGCGCCCACAGCUGCGUCCAGCCCCGUUCAUUCCCCGCAUCUCUCUCUCAUGCACCAUGGGCUCUGUGCUGCCCGCCGACGCUCUGGCUAUGAAGCCCGGAUUUAAGUGCUCCGGGCGCUCGCUGUCUGAUGUGAUCACCUCGGACAUCCUGCACAGCUUCCUGUACGGCAGGUGGAGAAAUGUUCUGGGCGAACACCUAGCGGAGGAGCGGCAGAGCAGCAGCAGCCCCAAGACCGCCUUCACGGCUGAGGUUCUGGCCCAGUCCUUUCCUGGAGAGGUGCAGAAGCUCUCCAGCCUGGUGCUGCCCAGUGAGGUGAUCAUUGCCCAGAGCUCCAUCCCCGGAGAAGGCCUGGGGAUCUUUUCUAAAACCUGGAUCAAAGCAGGAACAGAGAUGGGUCCCUUUACUGGGAGGCUCCUGUCUCCUGAACACGUGGACCUGUUCAAAAACAACAACCUGAUGUGGGAGGUUUUCAAUGAGGAUGGCACAGUGCGGUACUUCAUUGAUGCCAGCCAGGAGGACCACCGCAGCUGGAUGACAUACAUAAAGUGCGCUCGAAACGAGCAGGAGCAGAACCUGGAGGUGGUGCAGAUCGGCAGCAGCAUCUUCUACAAAGCAGUGGAGACCAUCCCACCCGACCAGGAGCUCCUUGUCUGGUACGGAAACACGCACAACACAUUCCUGGGAAUACCCGGAGUUCCUGGAACGGACGAAGAACAUCAGAAGAAAAGCAGAAAUGAUGACGCCCAUUCCAGUGAGGGUCCCUCUUCGUGUUCUCCUCCUUCCUCCUCCACCACUUCCACUGGCCGGAUGCGCUGCGUCAUCUGCCACCGAGGCUUCAACUCCCGAAGCAAUCUGCGCUCCCACAUGCGCAUCCACACGCUCGACAAGCCCUUCGUGUGUCGUUUCUGCAACCGUCGCUUCAGCCAGUCGUCCACGCUGCGUAACCACGUCCGCCUGCACACCGGGGAGCGACCCUACAAGUGCCACGUGUGUCAGAGCGCGUAUUCCCAGCUGGCGGGCCUGAGGGCGCACCAGAAAAGCGCACGGCACAAACCUGUGGCGCACGCUUCCGACGCGCCCCCGCAGGUGUCCCCUCCUCCUGCACCCCAGAUGGCUACCAUUCAGCAUCAGAUGCCCCUGGUGCACCACAUCCCCACCAUGGUGCUAUGAUACCAAACAGCAGGUGAUGCUGUGGCAUCGGACACCGACGCACUUUAGACUUAGAGCUGUGGUGGAAGAGGGGCGGUUUAGUUUCUAUGAAGAGCAGAGUGGAUUUGUUUGUGAAACAUCUGAUUUGUAGGGGUUUCCUUAUUUGUAAUGUCUGCGCAUUUCACCAUCAUGAUGUUAUGGGGACUUAAAUCUAAGGAACAAAUUCUGUCCAGGAUGAUUUCUAUGUCUAGAGUCACAGGAAAAGAACAAAUGUGUUGAAUUUGAAAAACCGGGUGGCCAGAAAUAUGCUCUUAAACUUUCAGCAGCUCAGGAUAAAUUUCUGACAUUUUUUUUUAAACCAGCAGAUGUAAAAUCCAGAAUGUCCAAGCUGUACUCUCACUGUAAAAAAAAAAGAGGUCACUUUAAACUUGUAAAGAAUGAAGAUGUGUUAUUGUAUAAUUGUAUCAUGUGAAUGUAAAUACCUUUGUGCAUUCUUCUAUUCUAAAUAAAGGAUAUUAUGUUGUUAACCUUCA